AUGAACAGUAGCCCUAGCAGUAGUCGAACUGGUCUUGCGUUAAAAAAAAAGUUAAUAAAUCCAGCGCCUUCGCGCAAGGAGCACCAGCUACCACCGCAACAACAGCCAUUAAAACCAGAAGAGCCACAAAUAUCAAAUGAAGAAAUUAACGCAGGUGCUCAAAGUUUUGCUAGUGGAGAAAAUCAUGGUUCAACUGUAUAUACUUUUAAUCCUCAUAUCGACGUUGCAAGAACAUCACAAUCUUCCAGUACAAUGAAAAGAUGUGAAAUUAAGCUUCUAGAUGAUCAAAAUUGUAGCCCUUAUAGAUACAUGCGCGAAAAAUUGACUGAUAAAAUAGAAGCACUCGAUGAGCGAAUCGAAUAUUUUAUCAAUUUAUUUAAAAAGUGCCAUAAUAUUAAAGAAAUUUUCGAUCCUUCUCGUCCGAAUCAGGAACCGAUAACAACUGUAGGAAGAAUUUGCUGCGAUUCCGAAGGAAAAUUAAAUACAAGUUCUAUAAUGUUAGAGUCUUCACAAAAUUUAGUGGAUGGAAUUAAUGUUACUGGCAAUGUUCUUGAUGUGAGCAAAAUAUACGAGUUACCUUUAUUACCAAUGCCUGUUACAUCAACUGCUGCAAUCACAAAUUAUAAUUACGGGAAAGCAAGAUUAAAUGGCGGAGAUAUGACUGUCGUUGUGGCGGCCGGACCAUUUACAAUGGAAAGUAAUCUCGAUUUUGUGCCAUUUGCGCAAUUAAUGGAGAAUAUGAAGUCGGUCAAGCCUGACGUCCUAAUAUUAAUGGGCCCUUUUAUUGAAUCUAAUCAUGCAUUGAUUAAAUCUGGCGAGAUUGAUUAUGCUUUGGAAACCAUUUUUUCAAAGUUUAUUUCGUAUCCAAUAAGACAAUUUAUUAAAUCAUCGCCCGCCUCGCAAGUUAUCAUGAUCCCAAGUGUCAAAGAUAUUACACAUUAUGGUGCUGUCUUUCCGCAACCACCAUUUGAGCAGACGCUCAAUCAUAGUCUCGGAAUUCCUCCGGGAGUUCUUCUUUAUCCUAAUCCGGCACAAUUUCGAAUUAAUGAAAUUGUAUUUGGCGUCGGUGCAAAUGAGAUAAUAAGCCAUUUAAGUGCAGCAGAAUGUCAAAGAAACUUAACCACGGAAAGAAUGGUUCAAUUGUGUCGACAUGUGCUGGAGCAACAAAGUUUCUACCCGAUAUUUCCACCAUACACCGGCGUCAAUUUGAGUCUUACACAUAGCAACAGAUUACAAUUGAAAGUUCUACCGGAUGUUCUUAUCCUGCCAUCCCGACAUUUACAUUAUUUCGUCAAGGUAAGAUAA